UUUCCUGAAAUCAACUUAGUUAAAAGAGAAUCAAGAAAUGGUGUCUCAAUAUUUUGACUUAGGUGGUUCAUUUCUCCAACUUUCUGCAUCAUUUCACAGUCAACAACAGCAGCAGCCCGAGAAUUAUAAUUUAAGAGAUGGCUGAGACUGGACAAAAGUCUGGACGAGGACAACUUUAUCUCGCUACACAUAGGAAUGAGGAUGGAUCAUAUGUUAAUGAGGCGGCAAAAGAGAUAUGUGAAAAAAUUGAACUAGAAUUGAAACAAAGCACCGUGGAUGAGUCCGAAACUUUGCCAAAUGAUGUUAUUGGUAAGGUGUUGGGAAAAGAGCACUCUGGAAGGGUAAGGUGCUUAGAAUUGGGAGUUGUUCCUGGCAGAGCUUUUAGACAAACAAGACCUCGUUAUAGUGAUUUGAAUGCUUCAAGUUAUAAUAAUGGUUCGUGUUCUUCCCAAUGUCAAGAGAAGUACAAUCAAAUGUUGAAUGCCCACAAUCAAAGCCAAGAUAACUACAAAGAAAUGAUGAAUGUUAACACUCAAAUGAUGAGUGCUAACACUCAAAUGAUGAAUGCUUUUAAGGUGUAUAUGAUAAUUAAAGAAGGGAAGAUACCUGAAGAAUUUGCAGGGAUAUUUGUUUCUGUUCCUCGUUCAACGCCAAGUGAUGUGGCUAGCGGAUCCAUUGCACCCAUGGAUAUAAGAAGAUCAUCCGAUGAAAGUAAUCCUAACAACAACCUUUGAAGUUGCUUUCAAAUGUAUUAGAUAAUUAAGUAUCGUACUUGAUUGAAUGGUCAUAGUAGAUCUUUUGUCCAUAAUGGUUGGACUGGAUGUUUUGUUUAAUGUUAGUUUUAAGACUAAUUAUAAUAUUGAUGUUUAGUU